GCCUUGGCGUCCCCGCCCCCCGGGUGGCUGAAGCUUUCGGGGCUCCGUGCUGUCAGCCGCCGCAGGGUAGAGUGGGCCGGGGCGUGGCUAGGGAACGAGGUCCCCGCUCGGAGCGGGGUCCCUCCAGCCAUGGCCUGCUCCAUCGUCCAGUUCUGCUCCUUCCAGGACCUGCAGUCCGCGCGCGACUUCCUGUUCCCUCAGCUGCGGGAGGAGACCCCCGGCGCCCUGAGGAGGGACCCGAGCAAAUCAUCAAACUGGGAAGAUGAUAGUUGGGGAGCAUGGGAAGAGACAGAACCCCAAGAACCUGAAGAAGAAGAAAAUACUUCUAAAACACAAAAAACUUCCUGGCUUCAAGAGUGUGUUUUAUCCUUAUCUCCAACCAGUGAUCUUAUGGUGAUAGCCCGGGAGCAAAAGGCCGCGUUUUUAGUGCCAAAGUGGAAGCAUGGUGAUAAAGGGAAGGAAGAAAUGCAGUUUGCUGUUGGUUGGAGUGGGUCCUUGAGCGUGGACGAAGGGGAGUAUGUGACCAGUGCUCUCUGCAUCCCACUGGCAAGCCAAAAGAGGAGUUCCACUGGGCGUCCUGACUGGACCUGCAUUGUGGUGGGGUUCACGUCUGGUUACGUGCGGUUCUACACUGAGAGUGGUGUGCUUCUGCUUGCACAACUUUUGAAUGAGGACAGAGUGCUUCAGCUUAAGUGCAGGACCUAUGAAAUCCCCCGACACCCUGGCGUGACUGAGCAGAAUGAAGAGCUGAGCAUCUUGUACCCCGCAGCCAUUGUGACCAUUGAUGGCUUCAGUCUUUUUCAGUCCCUCCGCGCUUGUCGAAACCAGGUGGCCAAAGCUGCAGCAUCAGGCAAUGAAAACAUACAACCACCACCAUUAGCUUACAAGAAGUGGGGUCUACAAGAUAUUGACACUAUUAUUGAUCAUGCUAGUAUUGGUAUUAUGACUCUGUCACCUUUUGAUCAAAUGAAGACUGCUUCUAAUAUUGGUGGAUUUAAUGCAGCCAUUAAAAACAGUCCGCCUGCUAUGUCUCAGUAUAUCACUGUGGGGUCCAGUCCGUUCACUGGCUUCUUCUAUGCUCUAGAGGGGAGCACUCAGCCGCUGCUGUCUCAUGUUGCACUUGCAGUUGCAAGUAAACUGACUUCCGCUCUCUUUAGCGCUGCCAGUGGUUGGCUUGGUUGGAAAAGCAAGCAUGAAGAAGAAACUGGCCAGAAGCAGAAGCCCAAGAUGGAGCCAGCCACUCCCCUAGCUGUGAGAUUUGGACUUCCGGAUUCUAGACGCCAUGGAGAAAGCAUAUGCCUGUCUCCUUGUAACACCCUGGCAGCAGUCACAGAUGAUUUUGGCAGAGUUAUUUUGUUGGACGUCGCUCGAGGGAUUGCAAUACGGAUGUGGAAAGGGUACCGAGAUGCACAGAUCGGAUGGAUUCAAAUUGUAGAGGACCUUCAUGAAAGAGUACCAGAAAAGGGGGAUUUCUCCCCCUUUGGAAAUAAUCAAGGUCCUAGUCGAGUAGCUCAGUUCCUCGUGAUCUAUGCGCCGAGGAGGGGAAUUCUGGAAGUGUGGAACACACAGCAAGGACCGAGGGUGGGAGCUUUCAACGUGGGUAAGCACUGCAGGCUGCUGUAUCCUGGCUACAAAAUCAUGGGCUUAAACAAUGUGACAAGUCAGAGUUGGCAGCCUCAGACUUACCAGAUCUGUCUUGUUGACCCGGUGUCUGCAAGUGUGAAAACAGUGAACGUGCCUUUCCAUUUAGCACUGAGUGACAAGAAGAGUGAGAGAGCCAAGGACCUGCACCUGGUGAAGAAACUGGCGGCCCUGCUGAAAACCAGGUCCCCCGGGGGGCUCGAUUCAUUUGAAACGGAAAUAAAGGAGUUGAUCCUUGAUAUUAAAUACCCCGCAACCAAGAGACAAGCUCUGGAAAGCAUUUUGGCCAGUGAACGUUUAUCAUUCUCCUGCCUUAGAAAUGUUACUCAGACUUUAAUGGACACUUUAAAAAAUCAAGAGCUUGAGUCUGUUGAUGAAGGACUGCUACAGUUUUGUGCCAGUAAAUUGAAGUUACUACAGCUUUAUGAAUCUGUCAGCCAAUUAAAUUCUCUUGAUUUUCACUCAGAUACACCGUUCUCUGAUAAUGACUUGGCUGUGUUGCUAAGGCUGGAUGAUAAGGAACUCGUGAAGCUCCGGGCCUUGUUAGAGAAGUACAAGCAAGAAAACACCAAGAUCACUGUCCGGUUUUCUGAGGAUACAGAUGGAGUGCUGCCUGUCAAGAUCUUCCUUGAAUAUCUAGAGUAUGAGAAGGAUGCGCUCAGCAUAAAGAAGAUAAGUGAAGAGGAGUAUGUGGCUCUCGGCAGUUUCUUUUUUUGGAAGUGUUUGCAUGGAGAAAGCUCCACUGAGGAUAUGUGUCAUACUCUGGAGUCUGCGGGAUUUAGCCCUCAGCAGUUACUGUCUCUGCUCCUAAGUGUUUGGCUUUCGAAGGAAAAAGAUAUUUUGGACAAACCACAGUCUGUCUGCUGUCUUCAUACCAUGCUGUCCCUGUUGAGCAAGAUGAAAGUGGCCAUUGACGAGACGUGGGAUUCUCAGUCUGUGUCCCCUUGGUGGCAGCAGAUGCGUAUGGCCUGUAUUCAGUCGGAGAACAAUGGCGCUGCCCUGCUGUCUGCACAUGUUGGGCAUUCUGUUGCUGCACAGAUGUCCAGCAGUGCUACAGAUAAGAAAUUUUCCCAGACGGUUUUGGGUGCUGAUGCAGAAGCCCUCACAGACUCCUGGGAAGCCCUUUCUCUUGACACCGAGUACUGGAAGCUCCUGCUCAAGCAGCUGGAGGACUGCCUCAUACUCCAGACUCUGCUUCACAGCAAGGCCAGCCCUCCACCUGCCAAAGUGUCGUCUCCACAGACAGAGCCACUUCCAAGACUUUCUGUUAAAAAGCUGUUAGAAGGAGGAAAAGGUGGUGUUGCAGACAGUGUAGCCAAGUGGAUAUUUAAACAAGACCUCAGCCCUGAAUUGUUGAAAUGUGCCAACCAAGAAAGAGAUGCAGAAAACCCAGAUGAACCCAAAGAAGGUAUUGCCCGAAGUUUCCUUGAGAUGCCAGAGGUGCAGAUAGACCUAGGAGCCAUACCAGACUUGCUGUGUUUAGCCUAUGAACAGUUCCCUUGUAGCCUUGAGCUGGACGUGCUGCACGCACACUGCUGCUGGGAGUAUGUUGUUCAGUGGAAUAAAGACCCGGAGGAAGCACGCUUUUUGGUUAGGUCCAUAGAACACUUGAAGCGCAUUCUUAAUGCACAUGUUCAAAACGGUAUUGCGUUGAUGAUGUGGAAUACGUUCUUGGUUAAAAGGUUUUCUGCUGCUACCUACUUGAUGGAUAAGGUUGGAAAAGCUCCAAAGGAUAGGUUAUGCCGAAGGGACGUGGGGAUGAGUGACACAGCAAUGACAUCCUUCCUGGGGUCCUGCCUGGAGCUUCUUCAGACUUCACUGGAGGCUGACAUCAGCAGGGAUGAAAUGCAGGUGCCGGUCCUGGACACGGAGGAUGCCUGGCUGUCCGUGGAAGGACCCAUAUCUAUAGUGGAACUGGCGCUCGAGCAGAAGCCUAUCCACUACCCGCUGGUGGAGCAUCACUCCAUCCUGUGCUCCAUCCUGUAUGCGGCCAUGCGCUUCUCUCUGAAGAGUGUGAAGCCACUUGCCCUCUUUGAUAGCAAGGGAAAGAAUGCAUUUUUCAAAGACUUAACUUCAAUUCAAUUAUUACCGAGUGGGGAAAUGGAUCCAAAUUUUAUUUCUAUAAGACAACAGCUUCUACAGCAAGCACUGGGUUACUCUUCAAUGAAAAGUACUGACAAGGCAGUGCUGUGCCUUCCUGUCUUCAAGUUCUUACUGAAAGUUGUCAGUGCAGCUGUCCAGGCUCAGCAUUCUGUCACCAAGGACAAAGAUCCCGCCGAAGAGGCAGUGACCACUCAUUGGAAAGACAACUGGCCAGUUCUGGCUGUGGAUUUAGCUCAACACCUUCAAGUGAGCGAAGAUGUCAUUCGAAGGCAUUAUGUAGGAGAGCUGUACAACUAUGGAGCUGACCUCUUAGGAGAGGAGGCCAUUCUGCAAGUUCAUGACAAAGAAGUGCUGGCAUCUCAGCUGCUCGUGUUGACAGGGCAAAGGCUGGCUCAUGCCCUUUUCCACACCCAGACAAAAGAAGGCAUGGAGCUGCUGGCCAGCCUCCCACCCACACUCUGCACCUGGCUGAAGGCGAUGAACCCCCAGGAUCUUCAAAACACUGAUGUGCCAAUUGCAACAACAGCUAAGCUGGUGCAUAAAGUGAUAGAGCUCCUGCCAGAGAAGCACGGCCAGUACAGCCUGGCUCUGCACCUCAUCGAAGCUGUGGAAGCCAUGGCCACGCUAUGACAGUGUCUAAGACCCUGUGACCACACGAAUCACUGCAUGGCAUUCUACACAGCAAGACCUGGAACUUUGGGGAGGUUUUUUUUUUUUUUUUGUAUAAUAAAUAAAUAUAUUACUUUUAAAAAGUGCAAUCCUGGCUAAAUUCCACUUCUUCAGUUGAGACUGAAGAUAAAAUACAUUAACUGUGCUAUAAUUAAUACAGAUGCUUUACUGUUAUUUUUUCAUUCAAAUAAGCAGCUUUAUUGUUAAACUUUGGUAUUGUAACUGGUUAUAAUUUGCAGAUUUCAUUCUUACUGUAGUAUUCUAGUUCCUAUGCAAAUGUCUCCAGUGGGGAUUAAGUGUGUUCAUAUAGCUUCCAUCAGCACGCUCGAGAUACAGCCCACAUCCCUUUAGAACAUGCAGAGAUGUCCUUAGCUUGGCCCUGCACCAGGAUGCCACCUGGCAGGGAGCUCUGGGUGCUGCUGCUGCUGCUGCUGCCAUCAGAGGAGACAUGGCUUUGAGAUCACCAGAAGGGACCUGGAGAAGGACCCCGAGCCUGCUCUACUUGCCAGAAUUGGGAAUCAGAGAUGUGAACAAUGCAGCAGAAUCAAUGAUAAUGUAAACUAAGAUUUAUUCUUUAUUUUGUCAAGUUCCAAAAUUGUGUCCACAUCAGGUAAUUGUAAAAAAUGUAUUUAUCUUGUAAGACUUAUGUAAAAAAAGAACAAAGCAAAGAUUCUAAAACAUUUAAAGUCCAACUUUAUUUUUCUUCCAAGUGUUCCAAAAUGUCUGUUUCUGGGACUUGGUCAUGUUGCCUGUCCUAGGAGCAGGACAGAGAACACACUUUGUGCUGUGACAGCCUUAGCAAACCUACCUCACAGCUGGGUGGAGAGGAUAAACUGCGACCAGUUCUGUAGCCUGUAGUGCCUAGAGCAGACCAAGUGCUAACCAAAGUGGGAGGCAAACCCACCCACCCCACCUGGCAACAGCGCUUUGGCUCUGCAAAUGGGCGAGUACUAACUGCGGUUUAACUAUCUCUGGAAUGUAGCCAUACAGUGCAAUUAUUGGUGUCUGCCAUGACCACGGUUCACAGUGAUCAUUCUAAUAGUGGGAAGAAGCCAACUCCACCAUUGUGAAGGUUGAGAACGUUCUUCAGGGACACCCAGUAGAAGUCUGAACCUGAGCACACACAAAUGUGAAUUCUUUUCCCUUAAAAAGUUAGAUCUAAGUAAGAUUGUGCCUGGCUAAAACUAAUGCUGUUAACUGUCAGAUUUCACACCUUCAAAGAGAAAUGCUUCAGGUGUCACUCGGGUGGCUGAGGAGCAGCUGGCCACGGGCUGCAGUCUCUUUAAGCACAGCUUGAGUGACAGAAACCCCACCCUUUACGAGGUCCUAGGAGGUCCGUUCUCCCGUGCCCUGCAGUGCUCUGGAAGAGGAGCGGGCACCACUAAUCAUGACGGCCUUUUUACUCUAAUUCCAUUACUUGUUUUGGGAGGGGGGUGGCUUGUAUUUUUGAGAAUAAAACUGGCUAAAUUUACUCUCAUAAGUCACUUAAGAGAACCAGAACGCAAAUUGUUAAGGCUCUAAGUUAGAUUUGUCAUCCAAAUAGUAAUAUAUAGAGAAUUUAAAAACGAAAUCCUGAGUUUAACAAAAGCAGUAAAAUGUUCUACAACUUUACUAAGGGCUUUUAAAAUAAAUCUGAUAAAGAAAAAUUUAACAUUUAUGUAUCCAUUCUCUAACAACAAAGUGCCACAAAUAAAGGAAUUCGGUUCUACUAUGGGGCUGGUGUCCCUGCACCAAGGGCAUGACACAUGCCCUUAGCCAGUAGUGUUUCCCUAGACGCCCCCAUCUCUUCUUACAAUUCCAUGUUUUUAUCUUGUUAAUGAAAGUGUCAGAUAACCCUAACUUCUCUAUCCAGGUUGUGGUAGAUGUAGAAGAGGAGGCCGGGAUAAACGUAGACACAGCAGUACACAGCACCAGGCUUCCCAUGCUUCCCACUUUGGCAGAGAGACAGAAAAGAGCUGUACCUUGUUAGAAAAGUCCAUCUAAGGUCAGUGUGAAGCCUGCUGCAUUUACAUAGCUUUUUAAAAUAUGAUUACUUGUGAUUUAAAAUCAUGGAAAACUAAAACUUAGUAACAAUAAGCUUACAUCGAUUACAGCAUUCAUUUAGAAGUUGCUGUGGUCCAUUUCCUGAAGAAACAAGUAUUCUUACAGUACACUAUAGCAACAGUGAAGGCUCUCUCACCUCGCAGGGAUGGGUUUGCUAGGCAGCUAGAUUCUGCUUAGUAGAUUAGCCAUCCUUGGAAGGUCAAUCCAGUUUUGGAUUCCUUACAAGAUGCUCUAUUAUUUAUCUACUGUCAAUGUAUUGUAAGUAGUGAAUUCUGUAUAUACCGUUAUUUUCCGUGUCUGUUCAUUAUUGUGAACUUAUGUAUAUUAGUGAAAUAAAUUUUCAGCUUUCAUGUUA